UUAGCCGCGCUGGAGCGAACUGCGCGCUUGUUAUUCUAAUAUACCAACACAAAGUAGUUAUUGGAGCGCUUGCGAUCUUUAUGCUGAAGAGUGACAUCGAACAACGAAGAUUUGAGUCACGCUGUGCUAAGGAUAUGUCGCUGAAAUCUUACCUCACUGCUCAAAAAUAUCCCGUAAUCUUUCCUUUGCCCAAUAAGUGGCCAUGCGCUGACUUUACUAUUGAUGAAUGGGGUGAUGUCCUGCCAGAUCUUUAUGAGUUUCGCCACGAAUCUCGGCAGAAAUGUCCCCAUUUCGAAGUUCAGCACAUUCAACGAUUUAAGGCCACAAUAAAAGACUUUGCAGGAGCCAUCAGGACAGGUUAUUUUAAUAAACCUUCCAUUGACCUCCAUGAAAGAUGGGUCUAUUCGGCAUACAACUGGAUGUCGGCUGGAACAAUGAAACGAAAAGAUUGUCUUGACUGGUCUUUUUUCGAGAGUGGUGACAAGGAUUGCACGCACACGACUAUUUGGAUGGGUAGCAAAGGAGCAUUUACACCGUGCCAUCGCGAUAGCUAUGGUUUAAAUCUCUCUUGCCAACUAAUAGGUGCCAAAGAGUGGUUUCUGUUCCCUCCAUCGGACGGUAAAUAUCUCUACGAAACUCGUCUCCCUUUCGAAGAAUCAACGGUUUUCUCUUCAAUUGACUUUAACAGAAUGCCAAUCAACAUUGCAAAAUGGCCGUUGUUUAAGAAUGCCACGCCGUAUCGUGUCAUUGUUAAACCCGGAGAGGUGCUGCUUAUCCCAAAGCACUGGUGGCACUUUGUCCGAUGUGUAGAUGACGGCAAUAUAAACGUCAAUCGAUGGUUCGACUUAGAUUCAGAUGCAGCCGAUAAAAUAGAUGAGGCAAUAGCAUCCCUUUUAGUCGAUCGUAUUCAUGACUUGGUUGAAGGGAAGUUGCCAGCGUUUAACGGCGUUCGACCGGUACGCAGUGUCAAGGUCAUUUUUGAGGCUAUUAAAAGGUCUCUUGAGAAGAUGAAUUGCGAUUCGGACACAGCCGAGCAUAGUUGCACUCAGCCGUCCGAAGAGCCUAUACGGCACGACUCGUUAGAUGAAGCCGAUUCCACACCGUCAAUUAGCGAACCAAACGAUGAAGAGAUUGUUAGAAGGUACCUAAUAUCUCCAGUCGAGCGCUGCUCGUUAGAAGAGUUCAUCAAGGCUACACCCAAACAUGAAUCCACUUCUAAAACGCGAGUAGAUUUUUCAACGAAUGACAUCUUCAGAGCCGUACUUGACUCAGAGGUUCUAGCCCUAAUAAGAAAAAAGCUCAGCGAUAGAUAUUGUCGACAGAACAAACAGUUUGAAGAUAGACCAAAAGGGUCAAACAUGAAGAUACAAAUGUAUUCGAGGGACCCCUUAUAAAAUGUUGCCAUUGUGAAUAGUACAUGA